CUCAAACAAACAACGAUGGCAGUUGCAACCUCAUUAUCUCUCUCAAAACACAUUCUUCCUAAACAAAAACAAACCCAAUUCACCUUAUCAACUAAAGCUCCAAACUUUCUCUUCUUUUCAAGAAAAAGAUCCCAAUUUCCAGCACCCAUUAUCACUAUUCCAUCUCAGAACUUAAAAUAUAAUGCUGCCAUUGUUUUGGGUGUCACUGGACUUGCUUUUACAGUGCUAAAUGUGGGACCUGCCUCUGGUUCUGAGUUAGCUUUAAUGGGUUCUUCAUUCCAAUUUAAUGAACCCUCAAAUGCUCUCUCAUUACACACUUGGGCUAGUCAUGUUUCUAGUGUUGUUGAAUGGGUAACUGCUAUGGCUCUGGUUUGGCAAUACGGUGAGAAGUCAGGUUAUGAAUCUUGGAAGGGACUCUCCUGGGCUAUGGUGCCCCUGCUUGGAGGAGCACUCUGCGCCUGCACUUGGCAUUUCUUUUAUAAUUCGGAGUCUCUUGAGGUAGUAGUGGCUGACAUUUAACCAUAUAUUAUAACAGGACACCUGCCUUAUUUUCCAAGUAAGCAGUUCAAUUUAUUACGUGGAAUUACUUGUUGUUAUCUUUUAAGUAACAAUCUGAUGUGUAAAAUAUCUUUUACACUGUAUUAAACUCUCUAUAAACAAAGUGGUUUACAAAGAUCAUAAGCAGCAUACAGAGGCGGAGCCAGGAUUUGAAGCUUUUGGAUUCGGGAUUCUAGUUCUUUUAAGUUACUGCGUUCUAAAAUAAUAAUUUGUACAUAUUCCAUGAAUUUCACAAGACAAAUAUAGAGUUUGCCCAAAAGCAAUUGGGUUCGGCCGAACCCGUAAGUAGAGGGCUAACUAGAUCUGCCCCUGGCAGCAUAUAUAGUUUGAUUGGGACAUAUAGUAGACACAUGGUAAAUAUUAUUUC